UGUGUAUGCAGGCACACUUCGACAGCCGUACGAGUAGACGGGAGAUGCAACAUUACAUGUACUCCAGGUGUGAUGCGAAUUCAGGUGAGGGAUAUAAGUCCUUCAGGUAUAGCCAGUGACAUUAAUGUAUUACAAGUAAACAUUUUAAGAGAUUUAUCGUGGAAACGGAUCAAACAAUGAACCGAAAACGGACUACUUUACAUGAGAACUGGAUACCGAUUUUAAAGGAAGUGUAAAUGGUGAAACUUCAUAUAUCUUUUGGUAAAAAUAUGGAUGGAGAAUUAAUAGGAAUAUCACUGGCAAGCUUAUUUUUUACAUCAAUGCGGACUCAAGCACUAUUAGCUUGACUACUUGUCUAUCAUUAUCAAUAAGGAUAACAAUGAAAACAUGGCCUUUGUCAUCGUUAUAGACGCUAAGAAUUUUUUAUAUAUUCCAAAAUGGAUAUUAAAUACAAUAUGAAUUACAAUAUACUCUAAAAAAAUAUGUAUUUGAAAUAAAACCGAAAACAAUGUAAGUUUCUAACACUUGAAAAAGAUGAUAAUAUAUUAGUGUUAUUGCUCAGCAAGUUCUACCACGUCACAAAACCAAUGAUGGUCAAUAAAUAAUAAAGAGGUAAAGAAAGAAAGAAAAAUUCGACCCUGCACUGUAACAGUGUACUAAUUACAUCUUUUCAAAAAUGUAUAAUUUUCGCCCACCUUAGCUAGAGAUGGGACUUGUUGAAAUAUUGGUCAAGUAAAUAUAUGUACAAAGGAUAUUAUGACUUCAUUUGCCUUGGCGAGGAUCUGUGUUUCAUAAAUGGAUUUUAAGGGAAACUGCGAUCAAACUCCCGAGACAGCCUCUACAGCGAGAUGUUCAUUUAUGAAAAGAUAUACGUAAAAGUGCAUCAUCUGUUUCUGUAAAUGUUCUCGUACAAAAUACUUUACAUUUAUAUACUCACCUUUAUUGCCAUAUACUGAUAUACACAGUUUACAAAUGUGAUUGAGUUUUAAUUUCUUCGUUUUAGUUUCGUAAACAAUUAAUAAAACAUAAAUAAAGCUUAAAAACAGAUGGUCAUAUAUAUACAUAUACAUUGACAGUUACAUAAACACACUCGUGUUCACAAUUACAUAUAUACACAGACACAUACAUACAGAUAUAUACAUACAUCAGUACAAACACACACUCGUGCAAAUAACCACCUACAUAUUAAGAAACAUAAACGCACAUACACACACGCAUGCACUUAGACAUACACAUGCACACAUUCACACACACAAUCGUUACUAUUAUCAUUUGGAUCCUGCAAGGAAAGACGCGAUAAACUUGCAAAUUAUAUAUAUGUAUGUAUAUGUAAUCAAAGCAAGGAACAGAAAAUUAUUAAAGUAAAACAUAAAAAGAUGAAGAAAUGUUAAUCGAUCGAAAGACAAAUAUGAGGAUAAUAAUGGUAAUAAUGCUCAACCUGGAAUAAAUUCCCGCCCCGUCCCUUCUGUGCUACUUCCCGCUCUUCGAUGGACGUAUAAGUGGAAAAGGGAGAUCACUGCGUUACACUGUCUUCGCCUAACCACAUAAGAACUUCUUCUGUUGAGAACUAACAUCAGUGCCCUGAAAAUUACACCCUGUAACUGUCAAAACUUUAAAACCCUGAAAAACUUCCAUUAGUUUGGUUUGAUGAAAGCGAUCUCGAAGCCCAGCUAACUUACUUAAGAUUUUUUUUACUUAAAAUGGACAGCAGUGGUCGGGGAAAUGAUAACGGUCGGGGCCACCCUCGACAUUACUUAACCCCUGAGGGUAAGAAAAUGGAUAAGUCUCCUAGUCUUCAUGGCAUGCACGCUCAAAGUUCCACGGAGACUAGUGGUUUAGGAGAAACCAUCACAUCAGGAUUUUCAUCUCAAGACAGUGUAUUAAGCGGCAAAGAUCUCGACACCAACUUUUCCACAACCGAUGUAUCGGUGCUAAAGAAUUUGAAGUCACUAACAUCCACAGACACAACACCAUCGAAUAUCGGUGGGGUAGCGCGGAUUGGACGCAAGCCUAAUAUACGUCAAAGCACGACACGCAAUAAAAAUUACGCCCAGAUCCCAGUGACAAAUGAAAUUGAAGAAGACAUGUAUAUAAAUCAAACCAACUUCGAUGCUUUGUUUAUGCAAAGCGCAGCCGAGGCGGCAAGGAUUGACGAUAACAGUUCUCGUAUGACUUCAACAGUUCCCGCAAAUUCUCAAAGGGAUCACAUAGAAGAAUGGGAGCGAGGAGGUUCGAUGAGAAGUUCAAUUCGCAGUCAUUCUUCAAUUGGUUCAUUUCGUUCGAGAAACGGCUCAAGAAAAAGUCCCCGAAGAUUCCUCGGGGCAGGGACCAACUCAACAUGGAUGAAAUGGUCUGAGGAGCGCAGAGCUUCAUAUAGACGUCGAAUAGAGCUGUUAGAUAAACCGAAAGUCGACACAGAAAGAGUUACUACACCCAUUAAGAAAGCUCGACAGGAGUGCCUUAAGUUUGUACAUCCAGACUUGGAGAAAAAUUAUCUUUCAGAGGACGACAUUAACGACUUAAAGAGACACAAGCAACAGCAAUAUUAUACCUAUAGUGUAAUAGAAAAGUCAAAAAAGGGACGAUAUCCCGUGCGAACAGAGGUACAUUUAACUGUUGCCGAAUGGAAUAUAGUCAACGGUUUCUGGCAGCACAACCUUUUUCAACGGACCCGUUAUGUAGGCGUGGCCAUCAGCUUUUUUACUCUGAUUCUUCAAAUUUUAUGUAUCACAAGUAACCAAUGGAUAUCUUACACACGACAAACCAUUUAUGGUACAUUAGACAUACAUGAAGGUCUCUACACAUUCUGCCUAACAAACCGAUCCAAGUCAACAGGAGAAGAAUGUAAACUUAUAUUGGGAGGACAUCCAGUUGGCAUAUGGGACUCCUGUUAUAAUAAUGUCUCAGCAACUGCAACUAUAGCAGCAGGAUCAAAUACAGAACCAGCCACUUGCGAAGAUAAGAAACCUUAUUGGCAGAACGCUGUCCUUGGCUUGAUGAUGUUUGCAGCAUCUUUUGGUGCUUUAGCUGCAGUUUUAUCUAUAUGUGGUGUGCUGACCACCCCAUUGCCGAAGAAAAUAUAUUAUUACCACUCUGCUGGUGAGAUAUUUCUUAUAUGUGCUCUCAGCACGACAGUAGCACUGAUAAUAUUUCCUGUUGCCAUAGAACAUGACUUAAAGCUGUUAUCCCAUCACUACGGAACGGGCUAUGGUCUCGGAUGGGGGGGAACUAUAUUCUUUUUUGCCGCAGCCCUUUGUAUGAGUCUUGAUGAUAUUGUCCGAGAGUCU